UUAGUUAGUCGUGUACCCAUGAUUCCAAACAGUGUGGUGUUUUCUUGAUUAUUUAUUCACUUCUUCUUUUAAUUUUUUUUUUUUGUUUUGGUUUAUGCUAUGGCGGGGAAUCAACAGUUUUGUUUAAGAUGGAAUAAUCAUCAAAGUACACUUAUAUCUGUGUUCGAUAGUCUUUUAGAAAGUGGCACAUUGGUUGAUUGUACAUUGGCUGCGGAGGGCCAGUAUUUAAAAGCCCAUAAAGUUGUAUUAUCGGCAUGCAGCCCCUUCUUCGAGGUUGUCUUUAGUCAACAUUAUGAGAAGCAUCCUAUUAUAAUCUUGAAAGAUGUAACUUUCACUGAAUUAAAAGCAAUGCUGGAUUAUAUGUAUCGUGGGGAAGUUAACAUCUCACAAGAACAGCUUGGUACAUUUCUUAAAGCUGCUGAAUCAUUACAGAUUAAAGGUUUAACAGACAGUGGAAAUGGUGAAAUAAAAAGAGAAAGAAAAAUUCCUCCACUUUUUCCACAAGGUUUGAUUGUUGAGCAAAGAGCACCUAAAGUAAACAACAACGAUUCCCCGCCACCACCUCUCUCACUUUCCCCGAAAAGAAGGAAGAGAAAAAGUAGUGAAGAGAAAGAAGAAAUGAUAUUAGCUGAGCAGUCAUCACCUGCACCUCCACCAGGCUCAGAUGGGGUUGUAAAAACUGAAAUGAAGGGUGGUUCUGAAUCAGGUGGUGAACAAUUUGAGUUUGAAGAUGAUGAAGAAAUAGACCUCAGCAAGCCAGGCACGUCUGCCAACAGUCAUCCCCCAGGUGGUUGGAAUGCAUCUACUGAAUCUCAAUCAGAUGAUGCUUUUACUCUACCUGGGGGAUCACAAGAACAAGGGGAAACUCAGAAAAUCCGACUGACGGACUUUCGUGGCCACACUUCUGCUGCUGCUUAA